GUAAUUGUAUGUAGACAGAACAGAGAGGGAGGGCUUUCAGUCGUCUGUAAAGUUAACAAAGAAAAGUCCUCUCCUUAUUUAGCUCUCAUUGUGUGUCCGCAUGAAUGAGUGAGUGUCAGAGAGAGAACAUCAGCUGGAGGAGAUCACAACUGUUUUUAUGCGUUUGUGAGAGAGGGAGUGAGACGGAAAUAGAGAAAGAGGGAGUGGAGAUAGCGAAGUGUAGAGGUACUUCUAAUUGUUUUCAUUUUUCUCUAAUGACCACCGUGCCUUGCGGAGGAACAGAAACACAGAUUGCCUGUCAGUCUCGCGAAACACACGUACUCCGCGUGAUCCUCUGGACGCACAAGUUUGCACCUGUUGAGCGUUUCUACUUCACGUCCUGCAGUCAUGGCCGUCUGCACAGCUGUGUGAAACGGUGCCUGCGUUUGUCAGGGAUCGUCCGUUUUAUCCAGGAGAGAGAUGUCAUCGCUCUAUUCGCGCAAGGACCUUUCCUCUCGCUCCAGAAAGUCCCUGUCGGACUCACCGCCUUCCUCUCCGUCCCCCAGCACCAAAUCCUUCAGACAAGACCGGGCGUCAAGGUCAGACUCCAGUGGAGUGGAGUCUCCGUCAGACCGACUGUCGGCUCGGACCGGCACAUACACACGCCGAGAGAACAGACUCGCCUCUUUGAGCAAAACAGACGACAACUCUGCCAGCAAGGACUAUAAGAAGCUGUACGAGGACGCGCUGGCUGAGAAUGAGAAGCUGAAGUCGAGACUGGACGACAGCAAACUGGAGCUCACCAAAAUCCGCUCACAGCUUGACAGAGUCGCACAGAAGCAGGACAGAAUAUCAGAGAGGUCCACUGUAUUUGAAUCAGAGAAAAGGGAAAAAGAAGCAUUGGAGAAAAAGGUUUCAGACAUGGAAGAAGAAUUAAAGACCCUUCCCGCUCUGGCUCGACUGCAGGCUCUCCGCAGGGGGAACGCGCACCUCCUAGUGGAGAACAAAGCCAUGCUGCGCACCCUCGCCCGCCUCUCUCAGACGGCCUCUCUCCCCGAGACGGAGGAUCUCUAAGUCCUCUGCUCGCUUCUCUGUCCCUUCCUCCCUCCUGUUCUCCGCUGCACCCUGUAGUCCUCUUCCUCUGCCCCUCUGCUGCACACCUCUCAGGCAGGUCUCGCUCUUUCAUUUGUUUCUUUUGCAUUGGUCAAGCUUUUCCAUCCAUUCUUUCUUUCUCGCUCUUUCUCUCCUGGGUCUGGGGAAGGGCAGCCCCUCACAUUCCUCCUGCAGGCGAUGGCUUUGAAGAUAUUUAUAGAUCUUCCAAAACCCAUGACCAAACGCCUCUACACUCCAGCAAUGUCCAAAUCAAAUCACAGUCACUGUAGCUUCACAUUCACAGUCUCUGCGAACACAUAAACACACUAAUAUUGGACUCCAAUAUUACUCACAGUUAGUAAAAAAGUAAAUCAAAUCAUUUUAAAAAUUACACAAAAUUACACAAACAAAAUAAUAAUAGAAUGAUUAACUACCUCCCCCCAAAAACACUAGAAUAAUAUAAUAAUAUUUUUUCUGACAAUAACUUUGGUUUGAAUGAAUAAACUUGAUGAAUGCUGUAAUUUCCUGGGUGUCACAAUUUUAUGAAAUGUUCUGUAUUGUUUAUUGGACGGAAAUCUGAUUUCAGGGAGCUUAAUUAUUAUCAAAAAUAUUAUGUUUUUUCAUGAAUGUAAUAAGUUAAGUAAUUGUAAAUGUAUCUGAUAUAUCUAAACGUUUUCUUUAUAAAAAAACAUGGGAGUUGUUCCUUUAAUUGCUUAAAGCCAGCAUGGACAAGAAAAAUAUAUACAUUUUUUGGGGGAAUUGAUGUUGUACAUGGGUAUUUGAUUGAUGGUUGGAUGGUUGUGGUUUGCUAUUGGUGGCUCUCAUGUGAGUGACAGGUUGCCCCGCCCUCACGCUAGUAAACACGUCAUCAGAGAAGAGAAGAGAUGCAAGAGGGAUGGGAAGUUACUUUGAUUAAAUAUUACAUUGAGAAUAUUAAAAAAAAAAUAAUAACAAUGAUGCACACUGAUAAAUCAUUUAUAAUAACCACUGCAAGAUUUCAUAUAUGUGUUUUUGUCAAUUUUGAUUUCAUGGUCACUUUAAAAACCUAGCAGGACAUCAAAUUGUAUCCUAUUCAUGCUAAAUGCCUGUACUGUCACAUUUUUUAUUUUAUUUUUUUUCAGCAGUUGAAAUGUUGUUUUGUUUCGAAUUAUGUGAUAUGAAGGCAUGAGUGGCUGGGUUUGCUCUCCCAUUAAAGUGUGUGUAGUUCUGGCACUAUUUUACUCACUGUAGUUGGAGAAGGGUAUCCUUCUUUAUGCAUGAGCACACAUUCACUUGGUCGUGCUAACACGCCAUUCCUUAAUAAAGGCCUAUUUGAAAAUCAUAAUUUGUGGUGUUAUGGUCUAGCAUCCAUUGCAUGUUUGAUUACUUGAAUCAUGUUUGAGUAAUGAAUCAUGCUUUUUACACAUAAAACGAAAUACAGUCACAUCAUGAGAUACGCUAUUUCAGCCCAUUCUCAG